GUACGACAUGAAUAAGGAUAUAAUCAAGGAGUUAGUUGGUGAAGGUAUUAUACUUUCUGAAGGAGAUGUUCAUAAACGACAAAGAAAAAUGAUGUCUCCUUCAUUUUCUUUUACCAAUGUCAAGGAAAUGACUCCAACAUUUGUUCAAGCUGGCCAUAAUUUAAAGGAUAUCUGGAUGAAAGAAAUUGGUAACAAGAAAGAGGAAAGAAUUACAAUUACGGCUGUAAUUUCAAAGAUAACUUUGGAUGUUAUUGGCCUUUCUGAAUUAUCUAAAGCAUACAAGGUCGUAACUAGUCGUAAUCAUACACCUUUAUUCAUAGCUCUUUCCAGCCUCCUUCCAUUUAUCAGAAAAUUUCCAACACCUGAUAACAAUAAAUAUUAUGAUUCUCUCAAAAUUAUUUCUAAUAUUUCUGAGAAACUACUUGAUAAUCAAAAAAAUAAUCCUGUUCGAGGAACAGACUUAUUUUCAUUAUUAGCAAAAGCAAAUGAUACCUUGCCCGUUGACGAACAAUUAACUCGUUAUGAAUUAAUUAAUCAACUUCGCAACGAAAUACUUGAUAUAUUUCCUGAUCGUGAUUAUCAUCCAACUUUUGAUCAAAUUGAACAAUUGAAAUUUUUAGAUUGUGUCUUUAAGGAA